CAAUAGAACUUGGCCUCUGAUCGCUAGAAACUCGUCAUUUGGGAGAGUGGUAACACUGGGAUUCUAACUAGAGAAAGGAACUCUACCCCUAAGAGUCCACUUUCUCCCUUCCCUCAGUCUUUGGCUCGAUCGUGAGUUUAUUUUCAAGGGAAUCUUAUUGAAAGGAAUUCCUCCGAGAGCCGACCAUGGCCUGUCCGAAUUCUGCCACCCUGGCGGUGAUAGCAGCAUUUCUAAUCUUCAACGCGCAUGCUCAGGAGCUAAACGCGGUAAUUGAGAUUCCCCAACAGACCCAUGAACCAGCGGCAAGCCAGACAACACACAAUCAUACAGAGGCCAUGACAAUACACAGUCAUGCAGAGGCCAUGAUGAAGUUAGACAUGAACGAUCCAGUGAUUCAGGGUGCUUUUGGUGAGAUGAAUAUAGGUCAAGACCUAUUUGAGGGCGACAUCAAGUUAACGCCCAGCCAGCGAGACUGGAUCACCAAAUCCCAGCGAGAUAGCCAGACAAGAGCAUUAGUCAAGUCCGAGCACAGGCUUUGGGAUAACAAAGUGGUGCCGUACGUCAUUUCAGAUGAUCUGAGGGAUGAAAGCAAGGACUUCGUUGAAUCAGCCAUAGAAGAGUGGAAAAAUCAUACCUGCAUCAAUUUGAGGGAGAAGGAGGAAGGAGAUUCCGACUACAUCGAGUUUGUGUACGAGGGAGGGUGUUCCUCGUACGUUGGUAAGAUCGGGGGGAAGCAGACCAUCUCCGUCGGUAGCGACUCAGGCACAACCUGUCGUCAUGGUAACAUUGUACACGAGAUAGCUCACUCUCUCGGGUACUUCCACGAACACAGCCGGCCUGAUAGAGAUGACUAUAUCCAGGUGAAAUGGAGUAACAUCAUGCCAGGGUAUCAAAAGAAUUUCGUUAAGGAGAAUCUACAAACUGUCGACUCCCGAGGUGUGGCAUAUGACUACGACUCCGUGAUGCAUUAUGGGGCUUACUUCUUCACUAACGGAGACGGGGACGAGCGUCCGAAGACGAUCGUUACACUGAACGGAGACCACUCUAUUGGACAAAGAGUUGGACUUAGUGAAAAGGACAUACAGCAAGCCAGACUACUUUACAGCUGUGACGAGGAGGAAUCCGAUGACCAGAUCAUGAACGCUAAAGCUACGCUCCGCAACAGAGUAAAGUCCAAGAAAACCCACGCGGCUUCCAAGAAGUCUAACAGCAAAUAUACGAACCCCCUGAUAAGGAAAGCGAAAAAACGUUUUGCUAAGAAAAGCACAAAAGCUGGACAUCAUCAACUAGCGAAGAAAGCUGCGAGAAAAAUGGUGAUUACAAAAGAAAAGACGGCGAAAUACCAGGGGAACUUUGGAUUCAAUGAAAAUUGGACCAAGGGGCCCAUCUCUGAUCCCGGGGAAAAAGCGGAAGGGAUCGGGAAUCAAGGCGAAGAGUUGGGAGAGGAGAAUUUUGGACACAACUAUUUCGAGGGCGACAUGAUCCUGAGUGAAGAGCAACAGAAAUACUUGGAAGGAUUGAAGGAAGGUGGAAAACCACAGAACACUCAAAUGGGCUCCAAGCGCGCCUUGAUCAAGGACGAGAAAUUCCUUUGGCCAAAGAGAACUGUGAACUACUACUUCGACGAUAGCGUUGACGAGAUCGGACGGAAAAACACCCGUGAGGCCAUUGAUCAUUGGCAGGACAAAACGUGUCUGAAGUUCCAAGAGACAAAAGACAAGGACCAUAUCAAAUUCGUAUUUGAAGGGGGGUGUGCAUCCCGAGUGGGUAGGGGUGGGGGUGAACAGAAGUUGACUAUCGGGGACCCCGCGCUGCGGUGUAAAACAGGGAACAUCAUCCACGAGCUUGGCCAUGCUGUCGGCUUUUUCCACGAGCACAGCAGGCCCGAUAGGGACGAGUUUGUGCACGUUGUACAAAAGAACAUUGUUCCAGGGUACGAGCGCAACUUCUACAAGUUCUCUACAAAAUUCAUCGACUCUCGUAACGUGCCUUACGACUACGGAUCCAUCAUGCAGUACGGGCGCGCGUUCUUCUCCAAGAUGUCACUCCUGCUUCCAACACUGGAGACAACCAAGCAGAACGAUGAAGGAGAAGCGCCUGAGAUCGGGCAGAGAGUGGGACUCAGCGAAUUAGACAUACUUCAAGCCAACCUUCUCUAUAACUGCGACGGGAAGAAGAGGUUGACGGAUGACGAGCGCGAGGAGAUACAAUCGGAUAUGGAAGACCAACUUGUUCCUAUGGAUACCAUUCCAUGCUCUGACUCUUAUGAUCAGAAAUCGUGCCUUAGCAUAAAGAACCUAGGAUACUGCACCAAGUACCCUCGUACCAUGAGGUCGGCAUGCGGCUACACUUGCAAUAUGUGCAGUAUUCAGGGGAAGAGUGCUAUCUCCAGGCUGAAGAAACAGCUCAAGACAAAACACUGAAAUCCCUUUCACGCACCUAUGGCUGCACGUAGCGCCAUUACUAUGUCAAAACCCUUUCAUUAAAGCCGCAUUGUCAUCAGUUUACUUCCGGUCGAUUACGUAACAAUCUCCGAUGAUUUUUAACGGAAAACGCGAAAAAUAUUUCAAAAUAUUGAAAGCAGUGUGUUUAUUGAAAGUUUCUUUGAGGAUGUGAUUGAUAAUUUAGAGCGGAUGGCCUGUUUAAUAUCUCGGAUUUUAAUAGAUUCUUUUGUCUUUUAACGGUUGAGGUUUCCGUCGGACCUCCGGAAGUAACCUGGUAACAAUGCGGCUUUAAGUACAAGAUCUCACUAUGAGGGGCUGCGCGUUCCUUCGGCGCUUGGUGCUCUUAUAUUAUCUUAAACCGAUCAAUAUAUAAUCCGUCUCGCUGCAGCAGACGCGGUUGUAUGCCUUGGUGCUACUUUUAUUUACGGCUGCUAUCAUGGAAAUGAAUUGUUGUGCAGGCACGACAAAAAUGUUCGUACGAAACAAUAAGUUAAAGAGCCCUUAACGGCCGUACCUUUGUUAUUGCUUUUAUUCAAAAUUGGAAUAGAAAUGUGAUGAAAAUUUUCAAAAUUACCUAUCCAGUAGAGCCAAAGUUUUAUCUAUUCUUUAUUUAUCAGAAAAUAUCGUAAUUAUAGAGUCCCCUAACCAUGGAUGGAAAUGUAUGCUUUCUCCAAACUUGGUGUUUUUCCAGGUUACCGAAAUGGCGGCCGAAAGAGACUCUGUAAACAACCACCUGUACUUCUUACUGUGACGUUGGUUUCAGUUAUUUUCUCCCCAGUAAACUAUUUCAGAUAAUAUAUAUAUAUAUAUAUAUAUAUGAAGCUUGCAAGCAAAUAAACUAUAAUGAUACUCUAAAGCCCAAGGGGGAGGGGGUGGGGGGCUUAAAUUAUUGGUUUUCCCCGAGGAAACCGUGAAAAUCAACUAUUAUUAAGUGUUACUCCGAAUAAAAAUCUCUAUAAUAAUA